AUGGAUCCAGCAAAGCCUGUUGAUUUGCCUGAGCGGCCCAAGGAGGCUGCCCCGCCCGCGGAGAAAGAAGGCCCCUCCAAGAAGGCCUUGAAGAAGGCGCAGAAGGCACUGGAGAAGGCCGCGAACAAGGCCGCGCCUAAGCCUGCAAAGCAGCCCAAGCCCCCGAAAGCAGCUAAGGAGGCUGCUGCUCCCCGCGACCCGGAAGUCAUGUUUAAACUCGGCUUCCUCAAUGACGUUUACAACGAGCGCCCCGUCUCCGAAACCCACCCCAAGGUUCGCACUCGUUUCCCGCCCGAGCCCAACGGAUAUCUCCACAUUGGACACAGCAAGGCUAUCGCUGUCAACUUCGGCUUCGCAAAGUACCACGGUGGAGAGUGCAUCCUGCGUUUUGACGAUACCAACCCCGAAGGAGAGGACGAGAUCUACUACACUGCUAUUCGGGAUAUCGUCAAUUGGCUCGGCUUCAAGCCUGUGCGCGAGACUCAUGCCAGUGAUCACUUCGAUCAUCUCUAUGAGUACUCCGAGGAACUGAUCAAGCGUGACGGCGCCUAUGUCUGUCACUGUACCCAGGCCGAGGUCAAGGUUCAGCGUGGUCAGACCGAGGACGGUCAGCAGGGUGGCAAGCGCUUUGCUUGCCCUCACCGCAACCGUCCCACUGAGGAGUCUCUGGCUGAGUUCCGUGCUAUGCGUGAUGGAAAGUACAAGGCCGGAGAAGCGGCUCUGCGCAUGAAGCAGGACCUUGAUAACCCCAACCCCCAAAUGUGGGAUCUCUUCGCAUGGAGAAUUCCCGAGGGAGGAAAGCAACAUCACCGUGCUCCGACAUAUAAGAUGUUCCCCACCUACGAUAUGGCCCAUGGUCUCUCCGAUAGCUUGGAAUCCAUUACUUCAUCACUAUGCACGACUGAGUUCGAGAACAGCCGCGAGUCUUACGAGUGGCUCAACAACAAGCUCGAUGUCUACCGUCCAAUGCAGCGCGAAUAUGGCCGUCUCAACAUCACAGGCACUGUUCUCUCCAAGCGAAAGAUUAUCAAGCUGGUCAAGGAAGGUCAUGUCCGUGAUUGGGAUGAUCCAAGAUUGUACACACUCAUUGCUCUCCGUCGUCGUGGUGUUCCUCCCGAUGCUAUCCUCAACUUCGUCAGCGAACUCGGAGUUACCAAGGCUGUGACCAACGUCCAAAUGCACCGAUUCGACCAGUCCGUCCGCACAUUCCUCGAGACAUCCGUCCCCAGAUUAAUGGUUGUAACGGAGCCUCUGAAGGUCGUCAUCGACGAUCUGGCCGACGACCACCUUGAGAUGGUCGAAGUUCCCUUCUCCAAGGAAGCCUCCUUCGGCACCCACACCAUCCCUUUCACGAAGACUGUGUACAUCGAGCGCUCCGACUUCCGCGAAGUCGAUUCCCCAGACUACUUCCGCCUCGCCCCGGCAAGACCGUCGGCCCCCUACCCCAUCACCGCCACAACCUUCGAGAAAGACGCCGCCGGAAACGUGACAGUCGUGCACGCCAAAUAUGAGAAGCCCGCGGAAGGCGAAGCCGCGAAGAAGCCCAAGAGCUUCAUCCACUGGGUCGCCGACUGCCCCGCGAAGAACAGUCCUAUCCGCGCCGAGGUCCGCGCCACCAACCCGCUAUUCAAGUCCGAAAACCCCUCUGCUCACCCCGAGGGCUUCUUGGCCGACAUCAACCCUAAUUCCGAGGAGAUCUUCCCCGAUGCCAUGGUUGAGACUGGAUUUACUGAGAUCUCGCAGUCGGCUCCUUGGCCUAAGUCUGCGGCUGAGCAGGAUGUUGAGAAGAACAAGCACGCUAUUCGUUUCCAGGGUAUGCGUACUGCAUACUACGCCGUUGACCGGGAGACAACGCCUGAGAAACUCAUUCUGAACCGCAUCGUUACGCUUAAAGAUGACAAGGCUAAGAACUAA